UUGUAGUGAUUCAUUCAUUUACUAUCUUGAGUUUAGGGUUUUAGCGAGGGAAUGCUCCAGCAGCGCGUGAAUGCGCUCACGGGCGAGAGCGAAUGGAUUCUCGUCAGCGAUGGAGACGAUGGCGAUGCGAGCGAUGCUUUGGCGGAGAGCUUGUACCUUGAUAUGCUGAAUGAUCGUGCCAGGAACACGGCAUUCUCUUCCGCAAUCGCGAAGCUCGGCCGCCACGGCCAUGUCCUUGACAUUGGUGCUGGGAGUGGGCUCUUGUCGAUGAUGGCUUGGCGGGCAAUGGAAAAGCAGUGCCAGGUGACUGCUUGCGAAUCGUUUCUUCCAAUGUACAAGCUGGCUCGCAAAGUUUGCCGAGACAAUGGGACGAUGGGAGCGAUCAAGCUGCUCCAUAUGCGCUCGGAUGAGAUCAAAGUCGGGGUGGACAUCUCCAGCAGAGCCGAUGCAUUGGUGUGUGAGAUUUUAGACUCGGAGUUGCUUGGAGAAGGAAUAAUUCCAAGCUUGAGGCACGCUCACAAGCAUUUACUCCAGCCUAAUGCUGCAACAGUGCCAUAUCGAGCUACUGUGUAUGCGCAGCUGGUCGAGUGCGACUUUCUGUGGAGAUUUCACGACCUUCAAGGAGUAGAAGCUCAGCUGCAGGACGGAAUGGCUUUUUCUCCCGAGGAUUUCUACUCUUAUUUCAAGCACAGACAACAUGCGUUUCACGUAGAUGAAAUCCCCGGUAUCAAGCUGCUUUCUGAGCCGUUUGAAGCUUUCACUCUUGACUUUUAUAGAGCUCCAGAUGUGUGUGGACAAUUUACUCGAGCCGUGCAUGUCAACAUGUCUGGGACUGCUCACGCAAUAGUUUCAUGGUGGGUGCUGCAGCUUGACAAAGAUGGCUUGAUUUGCUACUCAACUGCUCCUCGUUGGGUCAAAGGAGCAAGUGAUUGGUGUGACCAUUGGAAACAAUGUGUCUGGUUUCUUCCUGGACAAGGUAUUUCGGUGGAGCAGCACUCAGAGCUUUGCCUCGUAGUCAGCCACGAUGAAACCUCAGUGCGGUAUGACAUCAAUGGUGGUGGACGCUGCAAUAGUUUUGCGUCUGGUUUCAAGCUGAGCCCACAAAGGUGUUGCAUGCUUGGGGACGGUAGCAGGCGUUCUAUCAUACGUUCUGCCAUUCAGAAAGCUCUUGGAGAGCGAGAAGUUGGAAACUGUCUCAUUCUGGAUGACGGUCUGAUGAGCGCCGUGUGUGCUCUAUCUACAGUACAUGGAUCCUGCCAUGUGGCUGGGUUGUUCCCAGGCUGUAGAAGAGAUGGCUUGAAGUACUUGGCGAGCGUCGCGAGCAAGUUGUCUAUAAUACACAAAGAUGUCAAGCAUCUCACCAGGGACGAUUUCAAGGGACAUAAAGUGGAUGUUCUUUUAGCAGAGCCUUAUUAUGCCACGUACGAGCAUGCGUUGCCGUGGAAGCAGCUGCGGUUUUGGUACGAGAGAACGACGCUAAGUCCGUUGCUAUCAGAGAAUCCUAUUAUAGUUCCUUGCCUUGGAAUUCUCUAUGGGAUGGCUUGUUAUCUUCCUGAUUUGUGGCAAAGCCGUUGUUGCCUUGAAGGCGUUGAAGGGUUUGACCACAGCUCAGUUAAUUCAAUGCUUGGAGCAUGUGGAAACCUUCCAGAUGGCCAAGACAGUCCAAUUUUACCAUUUUCAAUAUGGCAAUGUGGACGACAUGAGUCAUUGACAAAACCGUUUCCACUGCUCGAGUUCAACAUGCGUGAGGAAAUUCACAGUCUAAGUGUAUUUGCAAAGGUUACCUUUGUAAAGAGUGGACUUUGCCAUGGAGUUGUCCUGUGGAUGGACUGGGUGAUGGAUCCCGAGAACAAAGAUUUGGUACUUUCAACGGGACAUGUAAAUCCAAGCGGCAGCUGGUGCUGGAAGCAGGGUGUCAAGCUUUUCCGAACACCACUGCAAGUCACUGAGACUUUAGAGCUCAAUGCGUCCUUCAAUUCACAGAGUGGAGAGAUCAGCGUCACUCAGAUGGUGUGAAGUCACAAAUAUCGACUCUUUUGCAUUUUGGAAAGAUGAAAAUCAAUAUUAAACAAAUGUAAGUAAAGUUCAUAGUUCUUCGUU